GACCCCGGAAAUACACCUGCCAGUGGUGAUCAGCUUACUGCACGUCUAUCUGCCGCCCUGUGUAUCAGGGGGGAACACAGUUUGUUUGUUUGUUUGUUUAUUAGCCAAUAAACAUGUCGGAGCGUGACGACGAGCUGCACAUGAGAGACAGCUCAAAGAAAAAGGGAGAGACUAGGGGCAGGAAGAAGAAAAAGAAAGAGAAUCAAGACGAAGACGAAGAACAGCAGCGGAUGAAGGAGGAAAGGGAGCAAAGUGAGUGUAUUGUGCUGCACGGCAUCUUCAAACUGGGUAAGAAAAGUCACGAUGUCCUGCUUACCCGAACCAGACUGACCUGGACCCCUGUCACCCCAGAGACCCCCUCAGGGGAGGUGCGUGUGCUGCAGCCAGGUGUUGUGCUGCUGCGGGAUGUGUUUGCGGUGAAGGUAAAGCAGCGACGAGCGGUGGGCCAGCAGUCAGGGGGAGCGGUGCUCGGCGUGGCCCUGUUCUGCUGCAGGAGACGAGGGAGGAGGCUGGAGGAGGACACGCUGCAUCUCCACAACGCUUCCGCCGAACACACGCAUCUCUGGUUCAACACCCUAAAGGACCUGCUCAGAGGGUUCAGCCAACGUCCCAGGUAUCUAAAGGUGUUCAUCAACCCCAGCAGCCACAAGAAGGAGGCUGUUCAUAUCUACAGAGAACAUGUGGCUCCCCUCUUCAAGAUGGCCGAUGUCUGCACUGACAUCACUGUGACAGAGAGGAAGGGUCAUGCUCUCUCAGUGAUGAAGGAAUGCAAGCUGGAUGAAUAUGAUGGGGUGGUGUGUGUUGGUGGGGAUGGCUCGGUGGCAGAGCUGUGUCACGCUCUGGUCCUCAGAGCUCAGCUGGAUGCAGAUUCUCCAGAAAACCCAAUGAAACCAGUGCUGCCACUGGGGAUCAUCUUUACAGGCUCUACAGACGUGGUCUCCUGUUCAGUUCAUGGAGUCAGAGACCCAGUCACUGCAGCCCUGCACAUCGUCCUGGGUCACCUGCAGCAGGUAGACAUGUGCAGCUUCUGGUCUCAGGGCCAGUUGGUGCGUUUCGGCUUCUCCGCCCUGUUUGGAUUUGGUGGGCAAAGCUUGGCAAGAGCGGAGAAGAAGAGGUGGAUGCCAUCAUCACGGCGACGAGAGUACGCUCUGGUGAAGACACUGGCUAGACUGAGACCUGAGGACUGUCAGCUGUCUUUUCUACCAAUAAGAGAGUCAACCAGGUAUCUGUUUGAUCAUCAAGACCAGGACCAGGACCCAGACUCAGAUGAGGAGAGGUCCUGGACAACCAUUCAGGGCCUGUACCUGAGCAUCAGCAUCAUGUCCAUCCCAUGUCUGAGUCCACACGUACCUCGAGGUCUGGCUCCCAACACCAGUUUGUCAAAUGGCAGUGCAGCGCUGAUCACCGUAGGAAAUACUUCCAGGUCAGAGUUCAUCAAACACCUGAAGCGAUACAGCAGCUCUAGUGACCAGUUCAGUUUCUCCUUCGUGGAGACGCACACCGUGUCAGCGGUGAGGAUCUGCCCCCGGUUGCUGACUGAGUGGUCUGAGACAGAGAGUGAGGAGGAGGAGGGCGAGUCCAAAUCCACACCCAUCAUCCAGUCAGAUGGAAGCACCUUCCCCUGGAACAUCGACGGAGAGCUGGUGGAGAUUGCAAGCGAGGUGCUCGUCAGGGUCCACCCACAGCUCAUCACUCUGUACGGGGAGGAGAUGGACGAGGCCGAGUCGACUGUCUCCUGCAGCUGCAUCUGAGUCCAGCAGUGGUCGCUCUGUACGUGCAUGUCACCAUGGUACCACAGUGACACAGCAGCGCUUUCUCUAGGUCAUGACUGUUUCCACGGCAAUGUACGAGAACUAAUGCAAAAAGGCACAAAAGUAAUGACAGAGCUUUGCUGCUUCCUGUUAAAGCUGCAUUAAUUGACUUUUUACAGGUUGAUUAAUUGAUUCAUUUUGUAGCUUUAAUAUUCAAUAAAGUAAUUCGUAAGAUACCUUUAACUCGAAACUACCUGUCUUUGAUAAUUUUAAUAAUAAGUUUAUAACU